UUCCAAACAGUUGAGUGCUACUUAUCCUUUCCCUUGCAUACAUCUCUGCUCUUGCUAUCCACCUCUCGCUCCCAGACCUGCUCGCACUCCAACAAGCAGCAAAGCGCCAUGGCCUCCAUCCCAUGCACCAUCCAGCUCGUGAUCAAGACGGCGUCCUCGUCGUCGGGGUGGAGGUCGCCGCGGGCGGCUCAGGGAGGGCUGAGGACACCGCAGCUGGGCGGCGGCGCAGCGUGGCUGCGGCCGUCACUGUUGAGCACGGUGGCGCCGGUGAGGGAGAGCGGCAGGGUUGGGUUCUUCAAGUUCGGGAACAAGGACGCGGAGGGCGCCGGCAUCUACGGCAGCCAGGCGAGGGACGACUUCGACCGGGACGACGUCGAGCAGUACUUCAACUACAUGGGGAUGCUGGCGGUGGAGGGCACCUACGACAAGAUGGAGGCGCUGCUGAACCAGAGCAUCCACCCGGUGGACAUCCUGCUGAUCCUGGCCGCCUCCGAGGGCGACUUGCCCAAGAUCGAGGAGCUGCUCAAGGCCGGCGCCAAGUACGACGUCAAGGACGCUGACGGGAGGACAGCGCUAGACCGGGCCAGUGGCGAGGUCAGGGAGUUCAUCACCGGCUUCGCCGUUGCGAAAAAGGCAUGAUAUCAUUCAUGCUCGGAGAUUCCUGUUUGGGGGUGUAGAUUAUCGUUUUGCUGCGGUUUGUAGAGUGAGCUUAGCUGGGAGAUUCACCAACUGCUCGGGUCGGCACGGUACAAAGACUGACCUCGCUUUGUGGAGGAGCUGAUCUCCAUGGAAAGUUUGAGUAGUUGCUGAACCUGACGAACAGGACUUUCGUUGCGUCAUCCUUCAACUGAGGCAAUUGAUAUACUGUAUAAUGUUAUUCGGAAGAAAAGAAAAAACCUUGCUUCA